UCUCUCCUCACUCUCCCAAUCCCUCUCUCCUUUUGAUCACUUCAGUCCUUUGCUCCACUCUCCUUUACUCCUACAUUGCUCUGUCACUCACUCGUACCAGCUCUCCAUCUCCAUCAUCCAAGAUCCUCAGUGUGUCUGCGUUUUGCCAGGUGGACGCACUCCCCACAGUCACCAUUUCCACCCCGGAGAGUUCCACGGUGGCUGCGCAGCCCCUUCCCCGGCUGAGCAUCGGGCGUAAGACCCUGGUGGCAGCUGCCGUGGGGGUCAUGCUGGUCCUGGUUCUGGUAGUUCUCAUACCUGUGCUUGUCAGCUCUGUUGGCACGGGUGGAGCGGAUGACAGCGCAAGCCACUUUGAGAUGCUGGGUACCUGCCGCAUGGUUUGUGACCCCUUCUCCAGCACGGGUACAGCGGGCACAGGACUAGAUACAGCGACCACAGGCCUACAGGUGGACAACGACGCAGAUUUGAGCGACCACAGCAUAGGCCCACCCCUGCCUACUUACAGUGCUCACGGCCCCCAAGGAAAACCAGGACGGCCGGGCAAGCCUGGACCCCCAGGACCACCUGGAGAGCCGGGCCCACCAGGACCUAAAGGCCCCCCGGGAGAUGGUGUCGACAUUGUGCGGACAGGGAUUCUAGGUUUAGGGGGAAAAGGGUCAGUCAGCACAACCACCUACAACACCUCCCCUCGGGUGGCUUUUUAUGCAGGACUUCGAAACCCUCAAGAAGGUUACGAUAUUCUACGAUUUGAUGACGUGGUGACUAACAUUGGUGGGAACUAUGAAGGGGCAACAGGCAAGUUCACCUGUAAGAUUCCUGGAACGUACUUUUUCAUCUACAAUGUGCUGAUGAGGGGAGGAGAUGGAACCAGCAUGUGGGCUGACCUGAUCAAGAAUGGUCUGGUGAGGGCCAGCGCCAUUGCCCAAGACCAGGACCAGAGUUAUGACUACGCCAGCAACAGUGCCAUCCUUCAUUUGGAUGCAGGCGAUGAGGUUUUCAUAAAACUGGAUGGGGGCAAAGCUCACGGGGGCAACAGCAACAAGUAUAGCACCUUCUCAGGUUUCAUCCUAUAUGCCGACUGAUGAGCGGACAGGACGUAGACUGAGAGGUGAAAGGUCAAAGCCAGAGGACAUUCACUUCCUGACUCUCGCACAGCUCUCGCUGUAAGGUCGAUGUUGCCCUUAGCCACUGAUCCACCAUCAGAUUAUUGUUGUGUGUUUUUUUUUUUGUUUUUUUUUUACAGAUGUUUGAGGUCAGCAUUGAUACUGUCUGUGACUAAUGCUGUGGACCUGUGGUUAGCGGUAACGAUCCACCUCAUCCAUAUGUUCCAUUGUAAACAGGGUGCCUAUGCCGCCAGGGUGAUGGACGUGAGCAACAAAACAGUGACAGUCAUCUUUGUGUGUCAUGCUGUGGUGCAGUAGCAGUCCUGACAGUGCAGAAGCCUCGCCAUCAUUUUUAAGCUGUCAUGUCAAUUUCAAGCGUGGAAAUCUAACAGCUGUGGCGACUGCAGUGUAUGUAAAAGUAAAUGUUAA